AUGUCCCGUCUGCUGCAUGCAGAAGAGUGGGCCGAGGUGAAGGAGUUGGGGGACCACCAUCGCCAUUCCCAGCCACACCACCUUUCGCAGCUGCCGCCACAGCCACCUGCUACCCUGCAAGCGAGAGACCAUCCCGUCUACCCCGCAGAGCUGUCCCUCCUGGAUAGCACCGACCCACGCGCCUGGCUGACUCCCACUUUGCAGGGCCUCUGUACGGCACGCGCCGCCCAGUAUCUGCUUCAUUCUCCCGAGCUGGGUGCCUCCGAGGCCGCGGCACCCCGUGACGAGGCUGACGGCCAGGGCGAGCUGGUAAGAAGGAGCGGCUGCGGCGGCCUCAGCAAGAGCCCCGGGCCGGUAAAAGUGCGGGAACAGCUGUGCAAGCUGAAGGGCGGGGUUGUGGUGGACGAGCUUGGCUGCAGCCGCCAGCGGGCCCCUUCCAGCAAACAGGUGAACGGGGUACAGAAGCAAAGGCGGCUGGCAGCAAAUGCCAGGGAGCGGCGCAGGAUGCACGGGUUGAACCACGCCUUCGACCAGCUGCGCAACGUUAUCCCGUCCUUCAACAACGACAAGAAGCUGUCCAAAUAUGAGACCCUUCAGAUGGCCCAGAUCUACAUCAACGCCCUGUCAGAGUUGCUGCAGACUCCCAGCGUCGGAGAGCAGCCAACGCCACCAGCAGCCUCCUGCAAAAGUGACCACCAUCACCUUCGCGCCGCUGCCACGUAUGAAGGAGGUACGAGUGCCUCCGUGGCAGCUGGGGCUCAGGCGGCCCCGGGAGGGGGCCCACGACCCACCCCACCCGGGGCUUGCCGGACUCGCUUCUCAGCCCCAGCUUCAGCCGGGGGUUACUCGGUGCAGCUGGACACUUUACACUUCCCAUCUUUCGAGGACCGGGCCCUAACAGCGAUGAUGGCACAGAAGGACCUGUCGCCUUCCCUGCCCGGGAGCAUCCUGCAGCCAGUACAGGAGGACAGUAGCAAAACAUCUCCCAGGUCCCACAGAAGUGACGGAGAGUUUUCCCCCCACUCUCAUUACAGUGAUUCUGAUGAGGCCAGUUAG